UACGCUGCAAAAGUCGAGAAAGAUUUUCUUGCCGAACCAAGAUACUCAGGAUUCCAGCUGAUGUCUUUGAACAACAAGGAUGAAAAGGAAUGACAAUCUGCAAUGCAGACCGACAGCAGGCUGCCUCCCCGUGCCGCUAUUCAAUCAGAAGAAAAGAAAUCGAAUUCCUCUGACGUCGACUCCUUCUGAGAAUAACUUUUUCUCUCACACCGAAUUCAUGCCACCCAACAGCUCACCUGCUCCUUGUGGUGCAUCAGGUGCAUAUGGGUCUUACCAGGCCUCAGGUUCCUCUUAUGACGUUCAUCCAAGUCACCAGUGGAACAAACAGGACAUGGCACGAUCUACUCAGUCUCCACAACAUGGCAGCUAUCAACCUGCACCAACGAUGAGAUCUUACGCGCCUUUACCACAUCCGUACAAAGCUGGAAGUACAAAUUUGAAGAUGGGAACACCUGGCAACCUUCAGAGACAACAGGCUUCCGGAUUAAUAUUCGCUACCAGACAGAACCAGUAUCAAACAUGUCCCAGCAGUCAGAAUGCCUCAAGCCAGCAGACACCUCAUCGCGGGUUCUCUCAGAUGAGCCAACAAUCAUCUUGUAGGCCGGCUAAUCCCGCACAGUUCGGAUCUCUGCCUCGCCCCGUCGGUCCACCUAGCGGGCAAGCUGCUCAGACACAAAACCAAUGGAAUUUUACGAGCAGUUUUGGACCGCAGAAGCCCACGUUUGUGGGGAAAAGGAGUGCAAGUCCACCCCAAUUGACACGAGAAACUCAAACGAAAAGUGUUCCAAAAAAAGAACCGUUUGACAACUCACUCAGGAUUUUGACUGCAGUCAUCGACGGCAUGAAACACUGGAGUCAGUUUAAAGACAAAGUCACGUAUUUUUUUGAGAUAUUUGCCACUCUUGAUUCCGCUGUCACAAUUGGUCACCAUGGAGCCAAAAACUUCCUGUUGAGAGAUGGCAAAGUGGUCGUGCAGUGUCUCUUCUAUGAAAACGAGCAAGAGCUGCCUCGCCUUAUCCGUGGUCAAGUUCACCGCUGUGUCGGUAACUAUGACCGCGUCAGAGAUGUCCUGGUGUGUGUGUCAAUUCGAGCAGCCAAGCCUUCAGAGGUCAGAAAUGCUCAGGAGGCCAUCAAAGCCUGCGACACUCACAUGCGCAAACUCGUCAGAUUACUUCAUGAAGCCUGACAACUGAAAGUGUCGGAAAAGCAAAUAGCAAUAUUUUCACAUGGUUAUUGUUUUAUAGCGUUAUAUACAUUUAUUUUUUUAUCAAAGGUUUAAAAUAUUAGUUUAUGUUGUCUUCAUUCUGUUGUAUGAAAACAAGAAUAUUUACACAGUUGCAUUCACUUGGUUGUUUUGAUUAUAUUCUUGUAUCUUUCUUGGCAUUUCAUUUAAAGGAAAUUAAUGUGACCAAAAAUCA